AUGUCCUACAAGCGGUCCCGUGCAGCUUACGAAGCUGACCUCCAGCAGCAGCAGUCCCCCUUUGUCCUGUUCGGCACACCCCUGCCGCCCCUGGACCCCGAGGUCAGGGAUGACGGCUCCUACGUUCCGGUGUGGAAGCAGGAGGUGAGAGACGAGAGGGGCAGGAAGCGCCUACACGGAGCCUUCACCGGCGGCUGGAGCGCAGGAUACUUCAACACCGUCGGGUCCAAGGAAGGAUGGGCGCCCUCGACCUUCGUGUCGUCGCGGGCGAACCGCCGCAAGGACGGCAAGGACGCCGGCCAGCAGCAGCGGCCCGAGGAUUUCAUGGACGAAGAAGACCUCGCCGAUGCGGAGGAGGCGAGAAAAAUUCAAACAUCCCAGGCUUUUGCCGGUCUGGGCGCAACUGAACAUGACGCGGUACGGGCUAGUGGCCUGGCUGGCCUCUUCCGCGUGGAAGGCGAGACGAUGGGCACAAAACUUCUAAAGAAGAUGGGCUGGAGGGAAGGGCAGGGGAUUGGACCCAAGGUGCGCCGGAAGGCUCGACUAGAUGUGGCAAACAAGCCUGUCACUGCAGACAAACCCGAAACAUUUCUCUUCGCCCCGGAGAAUGUGCCCAUGAUAGGAUUUACAAGAAAGAUGGAUCGGAAAGGGCUGGGGUACGAGGGAGCGGCAAGACUGACGCCCCUCGACUCGACUUCUAAGCUUGGGCGUCUAGAUCAAUCAGAUGACGAAGACGAGGUUGAGGAUGGCCCGCUGAGGCGUGCCCGAGCAUCAAUUCCUCUCAUGCAGAAGAAAGCUUCCUCCAAGAGUUCUGGAGGUAUCGGAAUUGGGGUCUUAAAUGACACUGGCUCCGACGAUGAAGACCCUUAUGAGAUGGGGCCAAGGAUAUCUUAUAAUCGUGUCAUCGGUGGCGACAAGAAGAAGAAAAAGAAGGACCUGGCCUCAGCGACCCCUGUCAAUCCGACCCUCAGAUCUAAACCUGUCUUUGUGUCGAAGAAGGCAGCUCUGGCUAGAGUGGCGUUGGGGGUGCGCAAAUGCCACGAUGGCCGGCUACCGUUAGAUGGGUUUGUCUUCGCCCAAGAGCCUGAUCCGCUAAUCUCCAUGAUAAACGCAGAGGGCAAGUAUCCGCCUCCAACGAUUCCCCCUGACUGGAAGUCCAACAAGCAAGCCAAAGAUCGCCAAUCAUCAUCGGCAUACUUAUCCACUGCUGAUGCUGCGAAGGCCUCCAAACUUGAUCCCAAAUCACGGGCUGCCUUGCUCGGAGAGCAGCAAUUGCCAGGAAAGUCAGUAUUCGAUUUCAUGUCUGCUUCUGCAAGGGACAAGCUAGCUGCCGUUACCGGAAAAUCAAAUCUGCCUCAAGCGAAGGGCGAAAUACCAGAAGGGUAUGCUCUCUCGGCGGAUGAGAAGUUACGACAGCUGAUGGACCAAGUCCCAUCAGUGGACAAGGAGACAGCUGUGGCUGCCAUUACAAGAGGUGCUGCUGGCGGUGGUCCAUAUGGGGAUGACGAGGCGAAGCGUUCGAGAUACCGAGCGUACCUUGAGUAUCAAGCGGGAUAUGAAAGUUCUCUGCCGAGCAAACCACCCAAGAUGAAUAAUGAUGACUGGCUACGGGAGUUUCAAGAAUUCUAUAAUGUAGCCAGAAUAUUCAAGCCCAUGACUGGACUGAUGGCCUCGAGGUUCACAACAUCCUCGUCCACGUCAAAACUUGCAACAGGCUCUGACGGAAAGGCCGAAGAUAAGGAUCUGAUAAGCCGUCCUCCUGCGAAGCCAUCAGACCCGGCAGAGGAGGCUGCCAAGAUGGGCAUGUACGGGGAGAUGACGAGGUCGGUGAAGGACUUUUAUCCUACGCGACUUCUUUGUAAGAGAUUCAACGUUAAGCCACCUGCUCACGUUCAGCCGGACCAGAGCGCGGAUGUCAACAGCAUGGGCAAAAACAAAUCAAGUGCUGAAGUCUAUGGAGACUUCAGUACCAUGGCUCAAGGGCCCGGGAAUCAGCAUAUGAUCAUGCCUAACAUGGCCAUAGAACCCCACGAUGGUAGACAACAAAAUCCUAUCGACUUAGAGCCAGGGGCAUUAUCUGCGAGUAAAGUCCCCACGACAGAGCCAGAUAUUGUCAUCGAUGCUACGAGGAAUGAGGCUUUAGAGGGUCAGCGGGCAGGCGAGGAAGUGUUCAAGGCAAUUUUUGGGGAUAGCAGUGACGAUGAGGACUGA